AUGACCACAGGUAGAGUCAACCCUUACAGCAUCGUGUCCUCCGAGGAAGACGGGCUGAGGUUGACCACCAUGCCAGGUAUCAACGGCUUUGGCAAUGGGAAAAUCCACACCAGGAGGAAAUGCAGGAACAGAUUUGUAAAGAAGAACGGUCAGUGCAACGUGGAGUUCACCAACAUGGAUGACAAGCCCCAGAGGUACAUUGCAGACAUGUUCACCACAUGUGUUGACAUCCGCUGGAGGUAUAUGCUCUUGCUCUUUUCCCUGGCAUUUCUGGUGUCCUGGUUACUGUUUGGACUGAUUUUCUGGCUAAUUGCACUCAUUCACGGAGACCUAGAAAACCCAGGUGGAGAUGAUACCUUCAAACCUUGUGUUCUGCAGGUCAAUGGCUUUGUGGCUGCUUUUCUGUUCUCCAUUGAGACCCAAACAACUAUUGGUUACGGCUUCCGCUGCGUGACGGAGGAGUGUCCAAUCGCCGUCUUCAUGGUGGUGGUUCAGUCCAUCGUGGGCUGCAUAAUUGACUCAUUCAUGAUUGGUGCAAUAAUGGCAAAGAUGGCCAGGCCCAAAAAACGGGCCCAGACAUUACUUUUCAGCCAUAAUGCAGUAGUGGCAAUGAGAGAUGGGAAACUCUGCCUGAUGUGGAGAGUUGGGAACCUCCGCAAAAGCCACAUAGUAGAAGCUCAUGUACGAGCUCAGCUAAUUAAGCCCAGGAUCACAGAAGAAGGGGAGUACAUCCCGCUUGACCAAAUAGACAUCGACGUGGGCUUUGAUAAAGGCUUGGACCGUAUCUUCUUGGUGUCUCCCAUCACCAUUCUCCACGAGAUCAAUGAAGACAGCCCUUUGUUUGGGAUCAGCCGCCAGGACUUAGAGACGGAUGACUUUGAGAUUGUGGUCAUCCUGGAAGGCAUGGUAGAAGCCACAGCCAUGACGACACAAGCUCGGAGCUCCUACCUGGCCAGUGAGAUCCUCUGGGGCCACCGCUUUGAGCCCGUCUUGUUCGAGGAGAAAAACCAGUACAAAGUAGACUAUUCCCACUUCCAUAAAACCUACGAGGUCCCUUCCACCCCCCGCUGCAGCGCCAAGGACUUGGUGGAGAACAAAUUCCUGCUCAACUCCUUCUGCUAUGAGAACGAGCUGGCCUUCAUGAGCCGUGAUGAGGAAGAGGAAGACGACGACAGCCGGGGCUUGGAGGACCUGAGCCCGGACAACCGGCACGAGUUCGACCGGCGUCAAGCCACGUUAGCGUUGGAUCAGCGGUCGUACAGGAGGGAGUCGGAAAUAUGA